GUUCUCCCACCAAGAACAAGCCCGCAUCACACAACAUUAAAUCGCAAUACGAAAACUCGCCGAAACGCCUGCAGCAAUACCUUAUCGCAUACGGCAUAGAAUUCGGAGAGUUCGAGCUUUGCAACUGCCACUUUUCGAACCUCGCACCAUUUCGUAGCCGGGCCCCAAGUCUCGAUCUCCCCUCGUUUUACCCCAUCCCGCCGCUUCGAAACUCGCCUGUAAUCAGUCACUCCGUCGACGAACCCAACCACCAGGUCCUCUCGCCUCUACUUCGAAACAAGAGCAGUACUUGUUCACUCAACAAAGUAACAUAUAACUCUCGGGGUCUCGACUCUGCGCGACUGAGGAUUGGUCUUCAAAACCUUGUCAAAGGACGUUAAUGACAUCUUGACUUUGCCGAUCUGCCCUAUCCAAUAAUUUGUGCCGAGGAAUACAACCUUUUUCCAGUCAUAUAAAUCGCGAAAUCUUAGCAAACAUGGCAACCCAGUUCAUCGGCUUGCAUAUGCGGGUGGUGUUAAGGGACCCUCCUGGGAGCGAACUGACGGGGACAGUUGGCAAUGUCCAGGCAGGAAGCGGCUUAACAUUGACUAACGUGUUCGUCUCGGAUACCAAACAAUGGCUUCCUCACUUGCAGGUCCACGCCGCUAACAUCGCCGAUCUUGCUGAAGUCAAGAACGACAGGCCAGCGACAUAUACGCCUGCUCCAGCCGAAUCCAUCGCUGCGCCUUUCAUUUCGCAACCACCACCGCAACCUGCUUUUGUAGACCCUGCGAUCCUAAGUAUGGGAAGACCGCCAGCAGCAUUAACGCCGACAGGCUCCGACUCAAAAGUGCCAUUGGAGGAUGGAAGAGCUGAACUACAAGUCGCUCCUAUGAGUGCCACUGUCUCAACACCGGGGAGACCCACCCCUGAUCACGAUCUGACUGGUUCUGUCAGUAAUUUGGCCAUCAACGAAGCGGUCCAAGAAAUGGACAAUGGCCAGCCAAUUGAAGGACAGGCACCGCGAUCCGCCAAGAAGAAAAACAACAACAACCGACGCUCUCGACAGUCCAAGCAAGGAAAGGGCCAGCGUGCUGAGGAUGAUGGCCAAGCUAUUGAGGGUUCACCCGCCAGUGGCCGAGGCAAGGGGUGGAGGCAAACACCAAUCCUGCAGAGUACAUCAUCUUUCCAACCAUUCCAUUCUCUGAAAAAGAGCUCCAAGGGGCGCAAAGGUAUCCUCGAUAACGGCUGGGCAUCCGAAGAUGUCACAGAAGAGAUGGGCGAGUUCGAUUUUGAAAACAACCUGGCAAAGUUUGAUAAGCGUACCAUUUUUGAUCAGAUGAGGAAGGAGGAUCAAAUCGACGAUGCCAGCCGAUUGGUGUCUCACAAUCGAAAACCAAAGCCUGGCACAGCUGGCGGAAAGAACCUGCAUUACACGGAAAAUGUACUGGACCUGCCGUCCUCAACUAAGAAAGAUGCAGACUUCUGGAAUAGUGAGGCAGAUGAUGGACUGAACGAGGCUGAGAGGCUUUCUGGACGGGAUGUUCGGAGUGGUCAAGGUAAUAGGAGGGCUGAUAGCAAAUCGGGUCCCUCACGAAGAUCACAGUCACGCAAGGCGAGUGCUGUUGCAAUAUCUGGCGGCCUUCCGCUAAGCCGCGUCAAUUCUGGCGUACGUGCAGGCCACCUGUCUCGGUUGUCGAUCUCUCGACCAGAAUCUCGCAGUACUAACAGUAGACAGCAAGGUCACCCGCCUGGCUUAUACCUCGUCCCUUCGCAUAAGCGUCUUGAAACUGUUUCAGCCUUGCAGAUGCUUAAUCUCGAAAACAUAGCAGCGAACGAGAUCGGCUUAACAGAACAACUUAUGGCCGAGAAUGGAGGCCGAGGUAUUGCUGAGGUUGCUCUGAUAGCCCUUUCAGACCCUGCUAUCAAAGUACGGUUCGGCCUUGCUGGUGCGAAUCCCUCCUCCAGUGCUACAUUGACGAGUCCGGUGGUGGUGAUCCUGGCUGGAAAUAACAAAUCGGGUAUCCGAGCUAUUGCUGCUGCUCGCCAUCUGCGGAACAAAAACGUCAACAUGCUCGUAUGCUUAGUGGGUAUUGAGCGCGAGAAAGACUUGCUCGAGGACCUGCGGCAACAGAUUCAACUUUAUCGAGCUUUUGGUGGUAAAAUUCUCAGCAAGGCAGAUCUGUUCGAGCAUUUGCGCAAAGCAUCAUCAUCAGGCUCACCUGUCUCAGUAUCACUCAUCAUCGAUGCUCUUCUGGGCUUGACCAUAUCGUUUGAAGAACUGCGAACUGGUGACCAGGCUGCUGUGUAUGAGUUGAUGGAGUGGGCGAACCGGAACGAAGCGUUCGUGCUAUCGGUCGAUGUGCCAACAGGUAUCGACCCAACUUCCGGCAAAGUGGCAGUGAUAGAUGGUAGCCGUCUAUUUGUGAAGCCUCGAUACGUUGUUGCAAUGGGUGCUCCCAAGCGAGGCUUGCUCGAAGCCGUGACACCACCCGAUGAGGAUGACCCUCAGAACAUGAACAACGCCGGACACGAAGAAGAAUGGCGUCUAUUUAUCGCGGAUAUUGGCCUGGGAAGUGCCGUCUGGAGGAAGGCUGGAACCAAGAUUCGAAGAGGUAUCGACUUUGAUGAGAAGUGGUUACUGGAGAUGAAGUAUCGGGAUGGACAGCAGGACGGAACCGACUCUGAUGAGGAAUAAUGUACUGCACGAAACCAGUGAGAACAUCGAUUCAUGACAUGAGGAAGGGGAAGAAGAAACGAAAGGUAGCGAUAAGUUCAGCGAUUGUUUUACCUGUUGCAUGGGAAACGGCAAAUGGGAAGAUGCAUUUUCGACAAUACUUGGCGUUUGGUGGGUUUUAUUCUGGCGCUUAGGAGGGUGCAUUAUUACAUUUGAGGUCAAGAAGGGACCGAAUACCCAGGAGUUCAGUCGAAAUAAGAUGCUUUUUAUAUGUAUAUAGCAUUUUGAUGGUUUCACUAUUGCUGUAAUGUGAAAAUAUCCAUAGCUGCGGUUAUUUGUGUUUUGAUAGAAGAUUGAUUGACGGACGAGCCAAGUUUGCCAAGAGUAUGGAGAAGGUUGCACAGAGGCCAAGUUAAAGUUAAGCUACGGGGAGAAAACUAAGCUUUGCCAAGCA